UCUAAGGAAGCUGGCUGUGCUGAAGAGGCAGCUAAGAGCCUCUGGCCUUCCAGGAUUUCUCCCCGCAUCUGAGUUCUCUGCCCUGGGCUGCAGCUCUCUUCCCCUCAGGGUAACCCCUGCUCUCACAAGGUCAUUCAGGAGUGUUCUUCCCAUACAGGGCUGCUAAUCUAGUGUAACAGCUGUGCGCUGGGGCAAGAGAGCUUUGCACGGCAGGAACAUUCUUUCCUGCCUCCAGCUACUGGUUUGGGGGCAUCUCAGGCUGCUGGGCAGCUGACCCCCCACCACAGCUAGCUCUAGCAGCAAGGCCCACCUCUGCAGUUACCUGUUUCAAGGGUUCUCACUUAUUGCCAUGGCCAUCAUCUGUCUCAAGCACUCCCUUUGGUGCUCUUUCCCGUGGGGAAUGCAGGGCUCCAUCAUGCCCACGUGCUGCUCAGCUGGCAUCUGCCUUGCCCACAGCUGGGACUGUUGAUGGUUGGUUCAGGCUGUUUAAUUUCCUGCAGCUCUCCUGUGGGUAUUGCAUGCCACAGUUUGUACAUUUACUUUUCCUAGCAGCUAAUGUACGCUAAAAGGGCUUGCUGAGCAGCUGCCAGCUGGGGGGGGCGGGGGCUGGAAAGCAAUGCUGAGGAGGCUGGCCAAUGCGGGGAGUGCAGACAAAUCAAUUCAGCAAACAUUUACCUAUGUGCAAAGCUUAAUGGCCGGGGCCCAGCUGAGCCCUAGAGCAACCCAAGAAAUGGGUGGGGGGGUUAGUAUCUUUGCUGGCUGAGGAAUGGUAGAGGGAAAUGCAGCACUGUUCUGCCAGAACUAUGCACAGAGCAGCCGGGGGGGCAGACUCCCAUUCACAGUUACAGCCUGUCUGGCCCUGGAGUGUGAGGUGUGUUCUAGUCCCGGGUUUCCCAGGCCCAGCUCUGAUGAUGCAGUCUGUCAUGCCCAACCACCCUGCUGCUCUUCCAGGCCCACCCUGCCAAUGCCCGUUUGUUCUCUCUCUUUGGAAUACCCUGACAAGAGAGGAACUGUGGGUUUGUUGCAGUCUGAGCAGCUCCCAUAAGUCUCUCACUGAGCUCAGUUUAUCAUAACCAUCUUACAGUCUUACCAGCUCUUCCCUUUGUGGCAUCUUUCACCCAACAGGAGACCUUGAGCAGUUCCCCACUGGUUACCAACACUCAGAAUGACACCUCAGCAAGUUGUUUCACAGAGGGGGACACAGAAUAGGGGCUGAACUGGGUGAGGAUAAUGCUCUUACUUAAACUGGCCUCAGGGCCCCUGACACUACAGUGGUGAGUGUGCAACACCUACAGCUUGGACUUCUCACAGGAGUGCUUGAAGCAGGAGCAGCUGUAUUCCCUGCAGGGCUAUCAGAUUGACCAGCGAGAGAAAACCUGGGCCUCACGGCUGCUCCAACACAAACCAGCCAGUUUGAAUAGUAUCAUUCAUGCAGUAUACGUCAAGUACUACACAGCAAGGGCAGACACAGCAUGGAGCCAGGGGCUGAGGAAUAUGCGCCAUUCAGUCCAGAGGCUCCUAGUGAAGGGAGAGAAAAGAGGACUUCACUCAGCCUAGGCAGACAUCUAUAAUGAGAUAGAUGGAGCUAGGGAAACUGCAGAGAAGAUGCACAUUGUGGGAAGCGGUGAGGCUUGUGGGAAGAGAGGGAGGCGUUGAGGCAAACAUUUAGGGAGUUAAACAUGAGGGGGGCAAUUCUGAACUCUACCAGAAUGGUGGGGGAUCCAAUGGAGACUACACAGCAUGAGCUGUGCAUUUGUGACUGCCAAUGCCAUACUUACCUAGACACACUUUUCCUCCAGCUGGAGUGCCAGCCUGAGGAGAGCCCAGGAGGAUGCUUAGGUUAGGUGUGGAGGUAAUGGAUUGCUCUGUGUCAGGAAGAUCUUCUGGAUCCUGGGCUGCAUGUGAUGAGCAGGGGUCUAAGAGCUGCUCCUGCAGGAGAUACCCUUUUAAAAUUAGCUUAGGGGGCUGGCUCUGUGCUGGGUCCUGCCCUCAGAGAGAGGCUCUUAAAGCCUCUGUGGGCUGCUGUGUCACAGCAGUUACUGCCAUCACAGUUACAUUCAAAGGGGAUAAUAUUGUCCAGAUAUUAUGUAGUUGCCCUAACACUUGCAUCAUCCCCCGCUUGCUACUUGGUGCCAUGCUUCUCCGCUGCUCUACCUCAAUGCCUCACCUUCUGCUAGAGUCUCCUGAUGUGUUACCCAGCACUUCUGCUACCAGUGCAAGUGAUACCUGAUGUGUUUGCUCCUUUUGUGAUGUCACUGUAGGGCCUCAUGAUGUCAUUAUGUUCCAUCAGACAACCAAUGAAAGAAAAGGAGGAUAGGCUGAGUCCAGCCUGCUUCUGCAUGGACACAGCGUAGUUGGGUGGGAUCCAUGAACCUGCACAUGCUGCUGCCACUCCUGCUGGGGGCCGUGCUCCCUGUGCCACUUUCCCAAAGGCUCAGCGGCUCAGUCCCUGAGGAUUUCUCUGCUCCCCUGGAGCUCCCACAGCAGCACUUCGGCCUGGUGGAUGAUUAUGGCAUUAAGCCGAAGCACCCCCAGUUCCAGACUCGAGCACCCUGGAAGCAGCCUGCAGGCCUGCACCAAGCACACAAGAGCAAGCGGGAUGAGUCAGAUUUGGCAGAGUAUUAUUAUGGCAACGUCCUGUGAGCUGCCCAGGCACUUGUUGCAGUGGGGUCUCGAUGAGCCCCAUGGGCAGCUCUGGCCCUCUGUAUUAGCUGCUUUAUAAAGGUGUGUUGUAUAGCAA